AGCAACAUCUUGCUACACACGAGAGAGAAAACCAUCUCUCAACAGUAACCUUCGCUAGUUCUCCCUAUAUGGCUUCCAACGGGAGCAAGUUGGCCGUGUUCAUGGCGUGCGCGCUCCUCCUUGCCGGCAGCACGUGCCACGCCGCCCGCAACCUGGCCGACAUGACGCCGGCGGCUGCCGCUCCGGCUGCUAGCGCCGUGCCAACGGACACGGUCACCCUGAUGCCACCAAUGCCGUCGGUCACCCUGCCCACCAUGCCGCAGGUGACGCUGCCGCCCAUGUCCUCUAUCGUCGUGCCCAAGGUGGUCCUGCCGCCCAUGCCCAAGGUCACCCUCCCCACCGUGCCGCAGGUGACGAUGGCGCCGAUGCCCGCGAUUGUCAUGCCCAAGGUGACCCUGCCGCCGUUGCCAUUCGUCCCGAAUGUGAACGUGCCUAUGCCGUUCGCGGCACCACCCCCGUCAGCGUAGGCGCGGCCGUGCGGCGGUGCGCCUUGUCCAGCAUAGGGCGCCGUUCAUCUGAGUGUGGCGUCAGGUCACUCCGUGGACACGACGUACAUUUUCUUACAUGCAAGCUCGGUGUGUUUAUAUGCGAUGUAUCACAGUAUCAGUAAUUUUUACCUUUUUUUUACUUCUCAAUAGUGUAUGUACUGGUAGUGUUUGAGUUUGACUGUUGAGGGUUUUGUCCCAUUGUACGUAUUUCUUGAUCUUCUUACAUACAAACUAUUUACGGUAUGUUAUUUUUGUCUUCUA